CCACCUUGGUCUUGAACGCAAACUCGUUCGUUGCAGGGACUCUUCUCAACCUUACCACAGGUACUCAACCCAAACUCGGACACUCACCGGCCGUCCCGACUAUGGGCGCUCAAGUCUCCUCAACCAAUGGAGACAUGCUUGCCGUUCAAUCAUUGUCACCAGUUGCCCCCAAUGAUGCGUCGUUCCGCUUUAUGGACCUCCCGCCGGAACUUCGAGCAUAUGUUUACGAAAACCUUGUGCUAGUGGGGAAAGUCUUCUUCACGCCAGACUGGUACGAUGUGCACGAAGGCCGCCGCUUCAACAACCACUCCGAAUACCGACCGCCGUCUUUAUCAAUCUUACGCGUGUGCAGGGCUAUCCACGACGAAGCUGAAGCUAUCUACCUGGCAAAGAAUACUUUCGUACUUCCUCCUCUUUGGAAUUACAUGCAGCCUGCUCGAGCUGCUGGAGAGGAGAAUGCCUUGUGUCAGGGCAAGUCCUGGCUCUUCUCCAAAGCCGCGUUCCACAUGGUCAAACACAUCAGCGUUGGUAUCUGUGUCCGAACUUGCGACGUCCCCUGCACUAUGGGCCGCUCUGAUUGGAAUGUCUGCAACGCUAAGCAUCCCAAAACCGUCGGUCAGUGGACCACACACCAGAAGAUGAAGUACGCUCAUCGAAAGGCCAUAGCCUGGCAGGAUCUCUGCUGCCGGAGCGUUUCGGUGGCGAUCGGCAGGUUCAGCGGUCUCCAGUCACUUGAGUUGGACUUCAGCAACGCGUACUGCCCGGUUGGGUGCUGUCGGAGGCUUGAAGUGGCCUGGUCAUAUGUACUGAAGCACGCGAAGGAUAUUAGGAUCCUAGGUGUAGGUAUUCGUGCAGAGAGGCACCAGGUAUUGAUGGAUUGCGAUAUCCCAGUCUGGCCCUACAAAGGUCCCCCGGGGAUGCGCAAGAUGGUGUUCAGUGUCUGAUUUGGACAGUGAUCUUGUGUGUAGGCCGAGGUACGUCUGUAUGUAACUCAGAGAAUUGUUGAAGUCUUGGUACUCAACGCAAAGGGAGGUGUUCGGCUUAUA